UUUUUUUUCCUUCAAUUUCCCGCCAAAAAUACAGAAGAUAAAAAAGCUCCCAAAUCAUUCCCCUUCUUUUUUCCCUCUCACAGUCUCCGGCACUUUGACUUUGCUCCUUCCUAUGGACAUGGACAUGGACAUGGACAUUCCGCUCCCUGAAGAGCUCGAGUUACUGGAAGCCAACUCCCAUUUUUAUGAAGAACCCUACAUAGAUUCUCCCCCGUCCGAUUCCUCUCCUCCACAAUCACCGCCCUUGAAAAAUCUUGAAACCGACGGCUCAAAACGACCUCGAAACUCCGACGCAAUCGAAUCUCCACCCGAGAAGAACAAGAGAACCAAAAGAAUUGAUAUUGGGGAGGAGGAGGAGGAGGAGGAAGAAGAUUGGCUGCGGUACGCUCCGCCAGAGGAAACUAACGUUGAGGUUGCAGUUGAAAAGGAUGAGGAAGUUUAUUUGUCAAGGUUUAUGUCGGCAAUUAAUGGCGAUUGCAUGCCUGUCACUGCGCCAAGUGGUGGCGAAAGAGUUUAUGCGAAGCUUAGCGGUGGGCAGAGGGAUGAAGGAUUGGAGAAAUUGAAUCUCAAAGAACGAUCUAAAGGCCUUCUUCCUGAACCAAUCAAUGUUCUAUUGCAAAGAGUGGAACAACAAGCUUUUGCCAAGGCCUUGGAAGCAAGUUCUGAACAUCAGAAUGAUAUAACUAUUCCCGAGACAACUAUGGUCCAUGAACAACUUUGGGUCGAGAAAUAUGCUCCAAGUUCAUUCACUGAGCUCCUUAGCGAUGAACAAACAAAUCGUGAGGUCCUAUUGUGGUUAAAACAAUGGGAUUCCUGUGUUUUUGGAUCCGAAAUUAGGAGUACCUCAGAUGAAGUUUUGUCAGCUCUCAGACGACAUUCUUCUACUCAACAUAAAAAAUCUUUUGAUAUGGAUUUUUCAAGAAAGAAUAGAGGACAUAGAUGGAUUAACGGAAAUAACAACCACAUUGAUAAUGUGGAUCAGGGGACCAAUAAUUUAAAAGGUAUGCAGGACUUUUGGAACAAAAACUCAAGGCUCACUGGUCCACCAGAACAGAAGAUUCUUCUACUUUGCGGUUCCCCGGGGCUUGGAAAGACUACACUAGCGCAUGUAGCUGCAAAUCAUUGUGGAUACCGUGUUGUGGAGGUUAAUGCUAGCGAUGAUCGAUCAGCAUCAACAAUUGAAGCCAAAAUCCUUGAUGUUGUUCAGAUGAACUCUGUCAUGGCUGAUGCAAGACCCAAAUGUCUGGUGAUUGAUGAAAUAGAUGGAGCUCUUGGUGAUGGGAAGGGUGCUGUGGAGGUUAUUUUGAAGAUGGUGUCUGCUGAAAAGAAGCAUGAUUUUGGGAAGGAAAAUAAUGCUAAGAAAAAAGGAAGUAAAACUGCAUCCCUAACAAGACCUGUGAUUUGCAUAUGUAAUGACCUCUAUGCACCUGCUUUAAGACCAUUGCGUCAGAUAGCAAAGGUUCAUAUAUUUGUCCAGCCAACAGUGAGUCGUGUAGUAAGCAGGCUCAAGUAUAUUUGUAACAGGGAGGGAAUGAAAACAAGUUCCAUUGCCCUUACUGCACUAGCGGAAUUCACCGAAUGUGAUAUACGGUCAUGUUUGAACACUCUCCAGUUUCUCCAAAAGAAGAAUGAAACCCUCAAUGUGAUGGACAUCAGUUCACAAGUAGUUGGGCGGAAGGAUGUCUCAAAAAGCGCUUUUGACAUAUGGAGAGAGAUUUUUCAUAAAAGAACAAAGCGGGACAGGAAAUCUAACACUAGUUCUGGGAGCAGCUAUGGUGAAUUUGACUUUCUGCAUGCCCUCAUAUCUAACCGUGGUGAUUAUGAUGUAAUUUUGGAUGGGAUCCAUGAAAACAUUUUGCAGCUCCGGUAUCAUGAUCCAGUGAUGCAUAAGACAGUCAAAUGCUUGAAUUCUCUUGGCAUCUCUGAUGUAAUGCAACAGUAUGUUAUGCGGACACAGCAAAUGUCCCUUCAAGUUUAUCAGCCUUCUGUUGCAAUUACUUUGCAUCGGAUAGUUGCCCAAGUCCAAAAGCCAACUCUUGAGUGGCCAAAGUCAUUUCAAAGAUACCGUACUAUGCUGAUGGAAAAGACAGAUAUUUUAAGGGCUUGGCACCAGAAAAUUCCACCUUACAUUUCUAGACAUUUAUCAACAAAGUCCUGCAUAGAGGACUUGAUAUCUCCUUUGUUGCAUAUCUUGUCACCACCAAACUUUAGGCCGGUGGCAUUGCACUUAUUAUCAGAAACUGAGAAGAAUAAUUUGACUCAAUUAGUAAAUGUGAUGGUAUCCUAUUCUAUCACCUAUAAGAACAUGAAGUCUGAUUCACUGUCCAGUAACAUGGGACAUGAAGCAGUUUCAGAUGCAUCAGCACUCUCUUUUGAGCCCCCCAUUGGCGAGUUUAUUGCUUACAAGGAUUACAGAUCAGAUCAUCAUGUACUUGCCUUAGCUAUGAAGCAGGUUUUAUUGCAUGAGGUUGAGAAGCAAAAGAUUUUGCAAGUAAGCACUGGGAAAUCUGCGCAGAGAACAGAUGGAUGCUGCAAUGGAGACCAGGGCGUUGUAGGGAAAGGGGCCAGUGUAGCCAAAUGUGCUAAAACUAUUGGUGAGAAUGCUGGUGCAGGCACAAAGACCUUUGAAAAUGCGAAGAAUAUAUCAAAUACAAGGCAAGGUAAUCUUAGUACCUCCACAGUUUCAUCAUCUUUGGUUUCUAGCAGAAGUGCCACCGUGGAGGCAAAGCAAAAAUCCACUUCAGAUGUCAGGAAGGCACGUAGUGGUUUUGAUUUCUUUGAAAGGUUUAGAAAACCAAGCAGCAGAGGUUCUCUGGAUUCUGAAAUUGCAGUAGUGAAGGAAGUGACGUUGGAAAGAGAUUUGCGGCCUCUGUUAUUUAAAUUUAAUGAGGGUUUUACCAAUGCCGUGAAGAGGCCGGUUCGAAUGCGCGAUUUUCUGCUAUAAUGAAUCUUCAUGUCUUGUCCAGCACUCAGCAGCUGCUAAUUUCAUGUGCGAUAUUGAACGCACUGAUAUUAUUUGCCCUUCAAAUUCCAAAAUUAUAUAAUGACAACAUUUCUUACAAGUGUGCUUUUAUUUAUAUAUAUGGAAAAGCAGUCUCUUUUCUUGUACA